AUGGCUCCAAAGCGCGAAGGGGGCGUAGUGGGCAAAGGCCAUAAUGAAACCGCAAAGAAAAGUAAGCUUUCGAAGCCUGCAAAGUACACAGAGAACAAUAAGAAAGCCGCGAACUUUACUACUAAAGCGCCUAAGAAGAAGCUGAAAAAGACAAUCAAGAUAUGUUCCAAGACAAUCAACUACUCAUUGUGCAUUCCAGUGAGUGUGAUAGAUAACUGCAAGAACCUCGAACAAGCGACACACGUGGUGUACCAAAUAGCUAAGAGCGCUGUGUUGUUCAACGUGGGAGAAAUCGUGGUGCUUGAUUUGGGCCGCGCGGAAGAUGUUCCAAAGGAGUCUCGCCACCGCUUUCAGAUGUCCCCAGUACUACUGGUGGCGUCGCUGCUGCAAUACUUCGUGACUCCGCCGUAUCUUGUGAAAUCAGUGUUCAAGAAAGAAUACCAGGAGUGCUUCAAAGUCGCAGCUAAACUGCCGCGCAUAACAGCACUGCCAUUCAUGCGCCAUCUCCACGAGGACAACGGUAGAUACCGGGAAGGCCUUGCUGUUCGUAUGCAACGGCCGGCGCAGGGCGCGAGGCCAGCAAAGAAGAAGGCGUACGACCAGACCAAGUACGUCAACGUGGGCAAAGACAGUGCGUUGGAGCUGCGCGGCCAGCUGGUGCCGGCCAACGUACGUGUUACGGUCGACCUAAUUGAUUGCAAGGUCGUCUCACCCGCCGAAGCUUACGGCGAUUUCGUCGGCGCGCAAGCCUCAUACGGCUUCCAUGUGCGCGUCGCCAAGACCUUUGCAGACAUUUUCACACAGAGCCCUGCCCCGAAUGGCUACACCCAAACUGUAUGGGUCAACAGUGGUGAUUUCUACUUUGACCCCACAACAAAGAAGAGUCUAAAGCUGGAGACCAAGAUACCGCGGAUUGGCAAAAUUCUGAAACCCACCCCCGAAGAAGUUGCUAGCGGUGAAGCAGAGAACCCUGCGCACCUGCUUGUCGUGCUUGGCAAGUGGGAUCAUCUCAAAAAGAGUUUCGCGCGUUCCCGGGAAAUGUUUGCGGGGUGCGAAGGCGCUCACCAGUUCUUCGACGGACAACUAGAACUCCCUGGAUCUGCGCCAGAGGCCAACAUCGGCAUCCACGACAGCUGCAUGAUCGCGAUGACCAUGCUCGCCAGCUUGUAG